ACAAUCAAUCGAGUCCUGGGUGAUGUGGACGCGUUGCUGGCGUGAAGCUUGCACUACUACUGGUGCCUCGUACACAUGAUGGAGGCGUCUUGUCCAAAUCACCGAUGACACUUACCCGUACUACUGGCCUGGAGGUGCAAACAGCUUUUGGCUCACUUCCUCACUCAGCUUCAAUACACAUACCUCCAUUCUUGGCCAGAGCGAUCACGCGCCGUCGAACAUUGCCCAAGCCCAAUAGCCCAACCUCAACGAUCAACAACCAUUUCAUUCCGGGGCCCGCCUUUCUUUAAGGAACGUUGUGGAACCCGUCGUGGUGUGGUGACUCCCCAUUCAUUGAGUCUACACAGUAAAGCUAGACUUGAGCGAACGUAGCAGGACCAAAGUGGAUAGGGCCAGCAUCGUCAAGUGGGCGCACAAGAUGGUCGAAGGCUGCUUGUCGGAUUCUCUCAAGGCCAUCAACAAGACUGCCCAUGCGAUGCUGAGGGUCAUGGGUGCAGAGCCUUUAGCAUCGACUUCAGACAGGAUCAGCCCAUCGUUGCGACCUCUUCUUCUAGACGCCCCACGCGAUGAACUCCUCUCGGGCUUCAAUCUCAAGCUGUACCCUAUCUCGCCCAGUGCUCGGAACGCUCUUGAAGAAAAGUACGUGGAGAUGUGCAAUGUCUGGACACGACAGGCCAAUGCGCAUUACCUGGAGGCCUAUUAUCGCUUGACCGCCCUCUCCACCCCAGAAGCAUCCUAUUUGGAGUCAAUGCAGGCGGCGUUCCGCCGUAAACAUGCUCAAGGAUUGUCUCGCAUGCAGGACGUUUUGAUUCAAUGCAUUCGGGACGGUGUCACACGAUUCAACAAUGAUUUGUUCCCAGAGCACAAACAUGACUCCGCCACUUCUAACCUCGACACUGCGCAUGGCGUAUCGCAUGGCCAUUCUACCGCAGCGACUGCACUAUUGGAGAAAGCUUUUGAGCGCGCACAUUCAAUCACGAUGGCCGAGAAGCAUCGUCUAGCCGCAGCGACUGGCCUCGAACCACGUCAGGUCACAAUCUGGGUGAGUACACUAGCGAUGAGUAGUCGAGCGUCGCGGGUGUACUCGAAGGAUGCUCCGACGGUGAGAUGCCCGGCGGAAAAGGCAGGUACCGACACUAGGCACGCUCGCACAUGGAAGAGCAGAAUGUGUGGAUGAAGGACGUGGAAUAGCGGAUGCGGGAGCUGCACGCAUGCGAGUGCUGCGGCCUGGCCAAAGGCCUGCACUGAUGACGCUCACAUCUUUGCGAUACAACUUGGCUGACACACCGAGUCCUGUUGAGCGCAGUUCCAAAACCGACGGAACCGCAA